AGCCAUGUCCUUGCAGCACUCUCUCCUGACGUUUCUCCCACAUCUGUGACAAGCAUCCUCAGAGGUUGUGGAAUCUGUUGGAAACGAGGCAAGUGGGGUCAAUAUCUAUUCCUAAAAUAAUAAUAAUAAUACUUGUGUUGUCGAAGGCUUUCAUGGCCGGAAUCACUGGGUUGCUGUGAGUUUUCCGGGCUGCCUAGCCAUGUCCUUGCAGCACUCUCUCCUGACGUUUCUCCCACAUCUGUGACAAGCAUCCUCAGAGGUUGUGGAAUCUGUUGGAAACGAGGCAAGUGGGGUCAAUAUCUAUUCCUAAAAUAAUAAUAAUAAUACUUGUGUUGUCGAAGGCUUUCAUGGCCGGAAUCACUGGGUUGCUGUGAGUUUUCCGGGCUGCCUAGCCAUGUCCUUGCAGCACUCUCUCCUGACGUUUCUCCCACAUCUGUGACAAGCAUCCUCAGAGGUUGUGGAAUCUGUUGGAAACGAGGCAAGUGGGGUCAAUAUCUAUUCCUAAAAUAAUAAUAAUAAUACUUGUGUUGUCGAAGGCUUUCAUGGCCGGAAUCACUGGGUUGCUGUGAGUUUUCCGGGCUGCCUAGCCAUGUCCUUGCAGCACUCUCUCCUGACGUUUCUCCCACAUCUGUGACAAGCAUCCUCAGAGGUUGUGGAAUCUGUUGGAAACGAGGCAAGUGGGAUCAAUAUCUAUUCCUAAAAUAAUAAUAAUAAUACUUGUGUUGUCGAAGGCUUUCAUGGCCGGAAUCACUGGGUUGCUGUGAGUUUUCCAGGCUGCCUAGCCAUGUCCUUGCAGCACUCUCUCCUGACGUUUCUCCCACAUCUGUGACAAGCAUCCUCAGAGGUUGUGGAAUCUGUUGGAAACGAGGCAAGUGGGGUCAAUAUCUAUUCCUAAAAUAAUAAUAAUAAUAAUACUUGUGUUGUCGAAGGCUUUCAUGGCCGGAAUCACUGGGUUGCUGUGAGUUUUCCGGGCCGCCUAGCCAUGUCCUUGCAGCACUCUCUCCUGACGUUUCUCCCACAUCUGUGACAAGCAUCCUCAGAGGUUGUGGAAUCUGUUGGAAACGAGGCAAGUGGGGUCAAUAUCUAUUCCUAAAAUAAUAAUAAUAAUACUUGUGUUGUCGAAGGCUUUCAUGGCCGGAAUCACUGGGUUGCUGUGAGUUUUCCGGGCUGCCUAGCCAUGUCCUUGCAGCACUCUCUCCUGACGUUUCUCCCACAUCUGUGACAAGCAUCCUCAGAGGUUGUGGAAUCUGUUGGAAACGAGGCAAGUGGGGUCAAUAUCUAUCUAUCUAUCUAUCUAUCUAUCUAUCUAUCUAUCUAUCUAUCUGUGGAAUGAUGUCCAGAUUGGGAGAAAGAAAGAACUCUUUUUUUUCUGUUGGAGGCAAGUGGGAAUAGAUGUGGGCGAAAUGUCAGGAGAGAGUGCUUCUGGAGACAUAGCUGGAAAUUUUUUUACAGGAACCCAGUUUAAUUUAAUAUAAUAAUAUAAUAUAUAGUAUAAGGCCUUGGCCUUGCUCCCUUCCCUUGAAGGAGGAAGGGAAAGAAAGAAAGAAAGAAAGAAAGAAGGAGGGAAGAAAGGAAGGAAGGAAGGAAGGAAGGAGAAAAAAGCAGGUGACGAAAGAGAGAAAAGAAGAAAUAGAAGCGAGAAUCAGGAAGGAGAAGUAGGUCAGGCCUGGCUGCCAUUGCCAUUGCCAUUGACGUUGCUGUGGCUGCUCUUGCAUUGGACCCUAUGGGCACCGGGUGCGGUGAGGCCAUGGGGAGCCCCGAGGACGACCUGAUUGGCAUCCCCUUCCCGGACCACAGCAGCGAGCUCCUGGGCCGCCUGAACGACCAGCGCCGCCGCGGCCUCCUGUGCGACGUGACGCUCCGGGCUCAGGGCUCCGAGUUCCGCUCCCACCGGGCCGUCCUGGCCGCCUGCAGCCGCUACUUCCAGCGCCUCUUUGCCGGGCCGGGCCUCGCGGGCGGCGUCUGCGAGCUGGACUUUGUGGGGGCCGAGGCCCUGAGGGCCCUGCUGGACUUUGCCUACACGGCCACCUUGACCAUCAGCGCCGGGAGCCUGGGCGAGGUCUUGCACGCCGCCCGCGUCCUGGAGAUCCCGUGCGUCAUCUCGGCCUGUGUCGAGAUCCUCCAAGGCAACGGCCUGGAAGCGCCCGUCCCCGAUGACGCCGCUAGGGAGCGCGCCCGGCGGUAUUUGGAAGCCUUUUCCACCUUCGAGGGGGAUUUAGCCGAGCCCCCUGCCCGAUUGCCGGCCCCUCGGCGGAGCAAGAAGACCCGCAAGUUCCUCCAGACGAAAGGGUCCCGCAUCAACAACCACGUCCUGGAGCUCUCGCCGUCACCGUCGCCGUCCUCAACGGAGCGGCCCAGCCCGCCCAACCAGGCCUCUCCGGCGCCGGGCCACCCACACGAGGACGACGACAGGGAGGCCCUCAUCGUCGCCCCGUCGCCGUGCCCGUUCCCGUACCCGUUCCCCUUGCGGCUCUCGCCGGAGGAGCUGCCCUCGGACGACGACGAGCCCCUCGACCCGGACGUCCUGCCCCGCUUCCUGCGCAACCUCACCCCCGAGGGGGGUCGCGUCGUCGUGGCCGCCGGCGGUCUGGAGUCUCCGGACAAGCUGGUACGGAAGCGGCGCUCGCAGAUGCCGCAGGAGUGCCCCGUCUGCCACAAGGUCAUCCACGGGGCAGGGAAGUUGCCUCGCCACAUGCGCACCCACACCGGGGAGAAGCCCUUCGCCUGCGAGGUCUGCGGGGUGCGGUUCACACGAAACGACAAGCUGAAGAUCCACAUGCGCAAGCACACGGGGGAGCGCCCCUACUCCUGCCCGCACUGCCCGGCCCGCUUCCUGCACAGCUACGACCUGAAGAACCACCUGCACCUGCACACGGGGGCUCGGCCCUUCGAGUGCGGCCUGUGCCACAAGGCCUUCGCCAAGGACGACCACCUUCAGCGACACCUCAAGGGCCAGAACUGCCUGGAGGUGCGCACCCGGAGGAGGCGGCGCGGGGAGGCCCUGUCCCCCUCCGGCGCCCCAGCGCCGCCGCCACCCCCUCCGGCCAACGCCCCCGCCGGACCCCUUGACCGCCCCGGAUUGACCAACGGAGGGGCUGAGGAGGAGGAGGAAGAGCAAGGGACACUCGCGCUGGCCCACGGCUACUGGGAUCAGGGCCGCCGGGUGGAGGAGGAGGAGGAAGAAGAGGAGGAGGAGGAGGAGGAAGAGCAGGGGGAGGGCAGGGCGCUCGCCCUCCAAAGGGCCUAGGAGUGACCUUCAAAGUGACCCUCGCUUGGCCUCAAUGUGACCCUGGAUAGUCCACGGAGUGACCUCUCAAAGUGACCCUAGCUAGGCCUUGAGUGACCCCCACUAAGCCUCGGAGUGACCCCUCAAGUGAACCUCAGAGUGACCCGUGAAAGGUCUCAGAGUGACCCUUCAAAGUGACCCGAACUAGGCCUUGAGUGACCCUCGCUUCACCUUGAGUGGCCCUCAUUGAACAAACGUGACCCUUGAUAGGCCUCAGAGUUACCCUUGCUUGGCCUCGAGUGACCGUCACUGGGUCUCAAAGUGACCCUUCCAAGUCACCCUUGUUAGGCUUUGAGUGACCCUCACUGGGCCUUGAGUGACCCUUGAUGGGCCUCAGAGUGACCCCUCAGAGUGAUCCCUCAGAGUGAUCCUCUCUAGGCCUCAGAGUGACCCUUGAUGGGCCUCGGAGUGACCCUUCAAAAUGACCCCCACUGGGCCUCGGAGUGACCCUUGAUGGCCUCGGAGUGCUCCCUCAAAGUGACCCUCAUUGGGACUUGAGUGUUCCUUGAUGGCCUCCGAGUGACCCCUCAAAGUGACCCUCAUUGGGCUUCGAGUGACCCUUGAUGGCCUUGGAGUGACCCUCACUGGGCUUCGAGUGACCCUCUCUAGGCCUUGAGUGACCCUUCAGAGUGACCCUCGCUUGCCCUCAAGUGACCCUUGGCCUGGUCACUCCUUCCAAGGGCGUUGCCCCGGCGCACUAUGUCUCCCAUUGGCCACGCAUCCUGGACUUACAUUACACUCAGGAUAUGGUUGCAAGCCAAGCGGGACUCUUUCCUUCCCAGAGAGGAAGGCAACCAAUAACAAUAAUGAUGAUGAUGAUGAUGAUCAACAUGUAAAGCUUUAAAGACUGGCGAAGAAGCCUCGUUUUGGGGGCUCAGGCUUGCAGACCCUUGCAAUACGAUUGCAGAAGUUUUGGGGGGAAAUUGGGGAAUUUUUAAUGGUGCGUUGCUGCCCCCUGCUGGCGACAGCACUGCCUUGUGCAAAGGCGCACUUGCAUACACAUGGUGUGUGUGGGUAUAUAUAUAUACACACAUGCAUAUGUAUAUAUAUGCAUAUAUCUAUGCACACACACAUAUGCAAAGGAUGAAUGGCACACUUACAUACACGUGUGUGUAUAUAAAUAUAUAUACACACAUGCAUAUAUAUAUAUAUGCAUGCACACAUAUACAUAGAACGAAUGGCACACUUACAUACACACAGUGUGUGUGUAUAUAUAUAUAUACAUGCAUAUAUAUAUAUAUAUAUAUAUAUAUAUAUAUAUAUAUAUAUAUUCACACACAUACACAUGCAAAGGAUAAGUGGCACACUUACACACGUGUGUAUAUACAUAAUGAAUGACACACUUACAUACACAUAUAUAAGUGUG